AUGGCUCUCCCACGGCGCUUCUUUGUGAAUGACGACGUUACCAAUACGGUGCAUUUGGAUGGUGACUUGCCAGACGACAGCGACGAGGAGGCAUUUGGAGGCUCCGAUGUUGAGACUGAGUACGACGGCGGCCAAAUGAUUCUUGCGGAGGGAAUAGUCGAUGGCGUCUUGUCUGACGACCCCCCUCCUCGUGACAUGAGAGAAGAACUACAAACCAUGGACAUCACACAAGACAUCGUUACCACAACCAACAUCACAGACAUGGACAACGAAAAUGAUGACGCUUCAAAUGAUGAUCUGAGGCAAAGUGAAUCCAUUGAUCCAACAGAUGUUGAUGUCGGAAGAAUUGGAAAUCCUAUAUUGUUAGAUGCCCCUCUGUCUCCAUCCACAGAUGACACUGUACAGCUACCUGAUGCUCUUGUGUCUCCUAUUGCUACUGCUUCUAGAGUAUUGUUCACGACUGUUACUACUGGAUCUUCUACCAUGACUACUAAUCCUACAACUACUCAAUCGACUAUCUGUACAACUCCUGUUGCUGCUGCUACUGCUUUGCCAGCUACUGACCUACCUGCAGCUGUUCAACCAGCCGUCGGCCCUCCCUUUCAUGUCCAUGCUACCAGACCAGCAAGAUGUGCCGGGCAAGCUAUCGCUCAACCAGCCCAAUCAGCUCGAGCUCAACCAUCUCAACAGUUGUCAACAAUGGACAACAUUGACAACUAUGAGCUUGAAUGGGAAAGAGCUGACAGCUUGCUACCUAUUCCUGGGUAUAGUGGUCCCCCACCAGGACCAACAUUUCAAGACCCCGACUGCACGGAGCUGUCCAUUUUCUCCAAACUAUUUGAUGAUGAAAUGUGGAGGCUAAUCGUUGAUUAUACAAACUUGUAUGCCGAGGUAUUCCGAACAGCAGAACCAGACAAGUUUCGAGACAAAUGGACACCUCUGUCAGUUGGGGAGCUGCAGUGCUACAUCGCAAUGGUUAUUGCCAUGGGGAUCACGAAAUGUCCGAGAAUUGACUACUACUGGCAGCAAAAAUACCCCACUACUAGCCAGGUGGGAAUACAAAACAUCAUGCCAAGAAACAGAUUUCAAGCAAUUUCCAGGUACCUACACAUCUCGGACAGAACCCAGGAACCGGCACGUGGGUCACCAACUUACGAUAAACUCUACAAGAUCAGGGAGUUUCAUGACCUUCUUGCUACAAAACAUCAGCCCCUUUACAACAUCGGCCCGCAAGUGACCAUCGAUGAAGCCAUGAUCCCUUUCAAAGGGAGAAUUGGCUUUCGCCAAUAUAUGAAAGACAAACCGACGAAAUGGGGCAUAAAGGUCUGGACUCUCAGUGAUGCCAAAACCGGUUACAUCUACCGCUCUACCGUGUACACCGGAAAAGCCCUCACUGAGAGACAGCAUGGUCUCCUCGGCAACCGGGUUGUGUGCGGACUUUUACGUGGCUUUGAAGAUAUGGGAAUCCAUCUUUACACGGACAAUUUUUACACCAACCCGGACUUAUAUCUUCAUCUGCAGGAAAGAAAGAUCUUUGCAUGCGGUACCACCAGGAAGGGCACAAAAGGAUUUCCUCGAUCCCUUCAGAUGACAAAAGCCGAGGAGAAUCGCACAGCAAUGGGGACAAUUGACUGGAGUGUCUCAUCUCCCCUUCUGUGCGUUACAUGGAAGGACAAACGUCUGGUGCGAGUGAUCUCUACUAUCCACCCUCUCCAAGAGGACAACUCAUGGUGCCAAGUGAGGCGCCACAGAGGGCGACAUAUACCUACCAUUGUCGAUUGCCCUGUGGCAGUAAGAGAUUACAACAUAUAUAUGAGAGGAGUGGAUAGAGGUGAUCAACUCAUCACUCUUUAUAAUGGGGGCCGACGGACAAAGAAAUGGUGGAAGCGAAUCUUCUGGCAUGACAUAGAAUCAAUCUUGCUCAAUGCCCACAUACUAUACAACAGCCAGAAACCACAAAGACAACCGUAUUUGACAUUUAAAUCAAAGCUGGUUGAACAGCUGAUUGACGGUAGGUCGUAUCGACUUUCAAUGGGACGUCCACGGAUUCAUCCUGUACAGGAACGACUCGACAAACGCCUGGGCCACCACGUCCUCUAUGCAGAGUCUAGGAGAACCUGCAGAGUGUGCAGUGAUACUGUGAAAAACUUGGGACAACUAGUAGGUAGAGGAACUAGAGUAAGAAGUUAUUGCGGGGUUUGCAAAGUACAUUUAUGCUGUACUCCAUCACGAAAUUGUUUUUACUUGUAUCAUAAUGAAAAGAAGUAUUGGGACUAGUCAGUAGGUGGAAUACUUAUUAUGUAUCAACAACUACA